AGGCCGUUGUGUUCGCCAAACUCAGUGGGAUAGAGCGGGAUAAGUGGGGAGGAGAAAUAAAGCUAUACGGAUCAACGGGCAAUUAAGACCUUUCUUACAUCCUAAUGAUGAAGGCCCAGAAGUUUAUGCUGCUCUCCGCCAGUGCGAGUUCUGGCGAUCCGUGCACAAAUGAACGCAGUUUCGUCAAUGCGCCCAUCCUGGAAGCGGAAGUUAUCGAAGCUCCAAGCUUGUGUGCGAUAUCGAGGUGGCCCGAGUUCUUGCCGAAGUCGGUGCGGAGGCGUUGCUUGAACCGUCCGGAGGUAGCUGGUGAUACGGUUGCGUGGUUGGCUGCUGAGCGGCAAGAGUGGCCAGGCGGGGCUAUGUGAGCUGUCCAUAGGCUAUGGGGGAGGAGAUCGUGAGGAAAGAUGUGCUGCUAAUCAUGAACUCAUGAUAGCGUUU